GUCUCCCCCCACCUUGCUAUCUGAGUUAAGAGUUUCGAUUUGGUUACAGCUCUCAAGGUCUGGCUAGAACAUUUGGAGGGGAGAGAGGGAGAGACACACACACAUCAGACAAGCCUAGGACCAUGCUUUUCCCAUUUCUACUGUGGGAGUCCCUCCUCUUUGGAGUGAUCAGUUCCAGUCAAACCCCAAAAAAGCUGUUUGGGGAGAUCACAUCUCCCAGUUAUCCCAAGCCAUACCCUAACAACAACAUCAGCAGCUGGGACAUCGUGGUACCAAAGGGCUUUGUGGUGAAGCUGACCUUCUGGCAGUUUGACCUGGAGCCAUCUGAGUCCUGCUUCUAUGACUACGUCAAGAUCACCGCAGACAAGAAGGAUCUGGGCCGGUACUGUGGCCAGCCAGGCUCAGCCAAGGGCAACCACCCAGGAACCAGGGAAUUUGUGUCCAAGGGGAACCAGAUGAGGCUGAAGUUCCAGUCUGACUUUUCCAAUGAAGAGAAUGGCACCCUCAUCCCCUACAAAGGAUUCUUGGCCUAUUACCAAGCAGUGGAUCAGGAUGAAUGCACCCAUGGUAAUGCCAUUAAGGAAGAAGAGGGUCCUCAGUGCCAGCACACCUGCCACAACUACAUUGGUGGCUACUUCUGCUCCUGCCAUCCUGGUUACCAGCUCCAGAAAGAUCAGCACUCCUGCAAAGUGGAGUGCAGCAAUGAGCUGUUCACAGAGGCAUCAGGAUACUUGUCAAGCCCUGAGUACCCUGAGCCAUAUCCCGCAGAGCUGCAAUGCAAAUACAGCAUCCGCCUGGACAAAGGUCUGAGCAUCACCCUCAAGUUCUUGGAGCCCUUUGAUAUUGAUGAACACCAGCAGGUCCAUUGCCCCUACGACCAGCUCAAGGUCCAAGCAGGAGGAAGACUGCUUAAAGAGUUCUGUGGCAAGGUGUCACCUGGCAUCAUUGACACGAACAGCAACGAAGUGGACAUUUUGUUCUUCACGGAUGAGUCGGGGUUCAGUCGUGGCUGGAAGAUCCACUAUAGCUCAGAAAGAAUCCGGUGCCCCCAGCCUGUGCCAUGGGAUGAGUUCACAGUCAUCAAAAAUCCGCAGCCCGUCUACCAAUUUCGCGAUUAUUUCAUUGUUAGCUGCCAGAAAGGGUACAGACUCACAGAGGGUGGCCAGAAGCUGGCAUCCUUCACUGCUGUCUGCCAGGAUGAUGGGACAUGGCAUCGACCCAUGCCACAGUGCGAAAUUGUGAACUGUGGUGACCCCAAACUUCUAAACAAUGGGCAUUUCAAUUAUGUCAGCAAACCUGGGAACAACGAAUACCAAUCAGCAAUCACAUACCACUGCAAGAAGCCUUAUUACCACCUGGUCACCAAAGGCAGAAGCGAUACCUAUACCUGCUCUGCCCAGGGUUCCUGGGAGAACCAAGAUGGCCAUGUGGACAUUCCAGCAUGUUUACCAGUGUGUGGGAAACCAGACAAUCCUGUCACUUCAAUCCAGCGGAUCGUUGGUGGCAGCAGGGCAAACCCAGGAAACUUCCCAUGGCAGGCAAAAACACUCAUCCAUGGCCUCGGGGGUGGGGCUCUGCUGGGUGACCGCUGGAUCCUGACAGCCGCGCAUACCAUCUACCCCAAGAACAAAGAACAUGGAAUGGAGGCAAUUGGGAGAGAUGGCGAGGCUCUACUGACUGGGGAUGAGGAGGUGUACCUUGGACACACGAAUGUGACUGAGAUCCUUAAGCUGGGUAACCGACCUGUCCGCAGGAUAUUUGUGCACCCAGGCUACAAACCUGGCAACAGCCACAAUUUUGAUGGGGACAUUGCACUGCUUGAACUGAAGGAGCCAGUGAAGCUGGGGCGCGACGUGUUGCCCAUUUGCCUCCCAGAUGUUAAAAACAACACCUUCUACACCACAGGGUACAUGGGGUAUGUAAGUGGCUUUGGAGUGGAAAAGAACAUUCUUCCAGACCAUCUGAAAUAUGUGGCACUACCGGUGGCUGACCGGACAAUCUGUCAACAAUGGUUGCAGAAUAAUAACAAAAAGACCAUGAAUAAGACCAUGGUGUUCUCUGAAAAUAUGUUUUGUGCUGGCUCACCCUCUGCAAAUAAAGACACUUGCCAGGGAGACAGUGGGAGUGUCUUCACUGUGCUGGAUCCAGAAAGUGAGCGCUGGAUUGCUACUGGUAUUGUCUCUUGGGGUAUUGACUGUGCUAAGGGCUAUGGCUUCUACACCAAGAUCAUCAACUACCUAGACUGGAUCAAAAAAAUAACAGGAGAGAAGACACUCUGAAUGCCAGCAACUGUCUGAAAGCUUAGCAAUAUCAUGUAGACUUCCUAACACCAGCACAUUCUUUGUUGAAACUUUGAUGAUGUCAUUAAAUCUUCUCAACACUGCUGUCCCAUUGGCUGAAACCUUGAAGACACCAUAAAAAUUUCUGAGGCCACCGCAUCAUUGCCUGAAUUUUGGUGACAUUAUCAAAGGUUCAUAAUUGUGCUCUGCUAUUGACUAAAGCCUUGCUGAUAUUCUAAAGCUUCCAAAUGUAAGCCUUGAUAACAUCAGGAAGCCUUGGGUAAUCCAACAUUCAAUUGCCUGAAAUUUUGAUAAUGUCAUAAGACUUCUGCAAUCUGUUACACUGUUGUUUAAGAUGCUUGCAAUGUAGCACCCUGUUCUGGAUGCUGCUGCACUUGGAGUUGAGUGCAGUUUGUAUGCAUCCCCAGGUUCUAUCAACAUUAAAAUCACUGCUACCAGAA